AUGAAAGGUUCGUUCUUCGUUCGCUCUGCCCACGCACAGGGAACGACGAGCAAGAAGGGCGAGUGCACGACAUGCAAUGGCACUCUACAGGACUGUGCGGGGCACUUUGGGUACAUCCGGCUGGAGCUGCCUGUGUACCACAUGGGGUACUUCAAAGUCAUUCUGCUCAUCAUGCAAUGCAUCUGCAAGAACUGUGCGCGCGUUUUGCUGAGCGAUGAGGAGCGGCGGCAGUGGCUGAAGAAGUUCCGGCACCCGCGGGUGGAGGUGCUGCAGAAGAAGGCCAUGGUGAAGCGCGUUGCAGAGCGGUGCAAGCGCACCAGGAUGUGCUACUACUGCGGGGACCACAACGGCACGGUGAAGAAGCUGACAGGCACGUUAAAGCUCUCCCACGACAAGUACGGGAAAGACAUGGACGCCAAGGACGACGUGGUGAGGCGCAUGGAGGCUGCAGUGGAGGCGAACAAGGAGAUAGCACAGCACUCGAGCAAGGUGGCGGACGACCUCAACCCCGUGAGGGUGCUUUGGCUGCUGGAACGCAUGCUGGAUGAGGACUGCGAGCUUCUAGACCUUUACUAUCGCCCAGAGCGUCUCAUAGUAACGCACCUCUCCGUACCCCCAGUGGCCAUCCGGCCGUCCGUGGUGAUGGAGUCAGCAGCGGGGAGCAACGAAGACGAUGCGACGAUGAAGCUGGCGGUGAUCAUCGAGGUCAACAGCGCGCUCAGGCUCGGCAUUCAGAAGGGCCUUCCCAUGCCCAACCUCGUCGAGAACUGGGACUUUCUGCAGCUGCAAGUGGGGCUCUACAUCAACUCGGAGCUGCCAGGCCUGCCGCUAGCAGCGCAGCCCACAAAGCCCACUCGGGGGUUUGUGCAGCGGCUGAAGGGCAAGCAGGGGCGCUUCCGGCAGAACCUGUCGGGGAAGCGCGUGGACUUCAGUGGCCGCACUGUCAUUUCCCCCGACCCGAACCUUAAAAUUUCUGAGGUGGCGGUACCCAUGCACAUGGCGCAGCUGUUGACGUUCCCCGAGGCAGUGAGUCGGCACAACAUACACAAGCUGAGGCAGCUGGUGAUCAACGGCACUGCCAAGUACCCUGGCGCCAAUUUUGUGCUCUACCCCAACGGCCACAAGUGGUUUCUCAAGUAUGGAGACAGGAGGAGGGUAGCAGCAGAGCUCAAGUACGGGGACAUAGUGGAGAGGCACUUGGAGGACGGCGAUAUGGUGCUGUUCAACCGCCAGCCCAGCCUGCACCGCAUGUCCAUCAUGUGCCACCGGGCAAGGGUGAUGCCGUGGAAGACACUGCGUUUCAACGAGAGUGUGUGCAAUCCAUACAACGCGGAUUUCGAUGGGGAUGAGAUGAACAUGCACGUGCCGCAGACCGAGGAGGCCAGGACGGAGGCGCUGCUGCUAAUGGGGGUGGAGAACAAUCUAUGCACGCCCAAGAACGGGGACAUCCUAGUGGCCUCCACUCAGGACUUCCUCACCUCCGCCUUCCUCAUCACCAGACGAGACACCUUUUACGACCGCGCAUCCUUCUGCCUGCUGUGUUCGUACAUGACGGACGGCGCCAUGCAAGUGGACAUCCCCACGCCCGCACUGCUCAAGCCAGUGGAGCUGUGGACGGGCAAGCAGCUCAUGAGCGUGCUCGUGCGCCCCUCCGCCCAUGACCGUGUGUUUGUCACGCUCGGUGUGCCCGAGAAGACCUACAGCAAGAAGGGCGGGCCGUUUUGCGUGAACGACGGUUUUGUCUUUUUCCGGAACAGCGAGCUGCUGUCGGGGCAGCUGGGGAAGGCCACUCUAGGCAACGGCAGCAAGCAGGGCCUUUUUGCGCUGCUCAUGCGCGAGUACUCGCCGCAAGUGGCCGCUGUGUGCAUGAACCGACUCGCCAAGCUCAGUGCGCGGUGGAUUGGCAAUCACGGGUUCUCCAUCGGGAUAGACGACGUGCAGCCGUCCAAGCAUCUGUACAACGAGAAGCAGCGGGCGGUGGAGGAGGGGUACGACGCGAGUCUGCGGCACAUCCAGGCGUUCAACGAGGGCCGGCUGACUCUGCAGCCCGGGUGCAACGCGGCUCAGACGCUGGAGGCGAAUAUUACUGGGGAGCUGAACAAGAUUCGAGAGGAGGCGGGGAAGGCGUUCAACGAGGGCCGGCUGACUCUGCAGCCCGGGUGUAAUGCGGCUCAGACGCUGGAGGCUAAUAUCACCGGCGAGCUCAACGAGAUUCGAGAAGAGGCGGGCAAGGUGAGGCAGGAAAGUGGGCUGACGCCCACGGAGUUUGUGUUCCACACCAUGGGCGGUCGAGAGGGGCUCGUUGACACUGCGGUGAAAACAGCAGAGACGGGGUACAUGUCGCGGCGGCUGAUGAAGGCCCUGGAGGAUCUAUCAGUGGCGUAUGACGGCACGGUGCGCAACGCCAGUGGCGGCAUCGUGCAGAUGCGGUAUGGCGAUGAUGGCAUGGACCCCGCGCACAUGGAGGGCAGCGAUGGGGGGGCGCUCAAUUUGGACCGAACCUUCACCACGUGCCAGGUGGGUGGGGGGGUGGAUGGGAGGAUGAUGGGGAAAGGGGUGGUAUGGAGAUGGGUGGUGGAGGGAUGGGAGGGUGGACGGCAUGGGACGAUGAUGGCAUGGGCCCCGCCCACUGCUCACAUUGAGGGCACCGAAUUUGAGGGGAAGAAGGAAAAGGUGUUGGAUAGAGGGGUGGCUGAGAAGGUGGCUCGAAACUUGUGUGGGGUGACGGCAAAGCAACUGCAGUUGUUCCUGGACACGUGCAUUCACCGCUACCAGUCCAAGCGCAUGGAGCCGGGCACAGCAGUGGGGGCCAUUGGGGCACAGUCGAUAGGCGAGCCAGGCACGCAGAUGACUCUCAAGACCUUCCACUUCGCUGGGGUUGCGUCCAUGAACGUGACCUUGGGAGUGCCGCGAAUCAAGGAGAUCAUCAACGCAGCCAAGAACAUCAGCACACCUAUUGUCACUGUCAAGCUGGAGACGGACAACGAUGUCAAGGCAGCACGCAUUGUGAAGGGGCGCGUUGAGAAGACCACCCUGGGGGAGGUGGUGAAGAGCAUGAAAACAGUGCUGACCCCCAGCCAAGCCAUGCUAUCCAUACGGCUCGACAUGCAUCGAAUCAGUGCGCUUCAGCUGGAAAUCACAGCCUACACAGUCGCCGACGCCAUCACAUCAGCCUCGCGGCUCCGCAUGAAGCUGAAGGCGCAGCACAUACGCGUGGUGAGCGCAGACAAGCUGCUGGUCUACUCGCCCGAGCAGGACAGAAGGCAGCUGCUCUUCUCGCUCCACAGCCUGAGGAAGAAGCUACCGCAAGUCAUGGUGAAAGGGAUUGCGAGUGUUGAAAGGGCCGUGAUCAACGACCUGGGCGGGGGCAAGUACAACCUGCUGGUGGAAGGGACCAAUUUUGGCGCAGUUCUUGGAGUGACUGGUGUGGAUGGUUGCAGAACCAAGAGCAAUCACGUGAUGGAGGUGGAAUCGGUGUUGGGGAUAGAGGCAGCACGGCAUGCCAUCAUGCAUGAGAUCAACUACACCAUGGGUUCGCAUGGCAUGACCAUUGACCCCCGCCACAUGAUGCUGCUCGCUGACGUCAUGACCUACAAGGGCGAGGUGUUGGGAAUCACGCGGUUUGGAAUAGCGAAGAUGAAGGACAGUGUGCUCAUGCUGGCGUCCUUCGAAAAGACCACAGACCACCUCUUUGACGCCGCUGUGCAUGGGCGCAAGGACGAGAUUGAAGGGGUGUCCGAGUGCAUCAUCAUGGGCAUUCCCAUGCCCGUUGGCACGGGGCUGUUCAAACUCAAGCAGAAAGUUGACCACAUCCCAGUCCUUCCCAAGCGGCCGCCACUACUUCUGGGCUAG